GCGCGUCCUGCUGGGAGCCGUGGAAAUUCGAGACAGGUGGCUAGAGCCCAAUGUUGAGCUCUGCUGCGAGAUACGCCUCUUCCAGCCUCGGGCGGCCCUGACAUUGGCGCUGUUUCCAGAGUCCUCCUAUGCAGAGUCCAAGCUGACUGCCGCUGCAAGGGGUGAGAUGAAAGGUGGGCAUAGUUCUUUGUGGCUCUUCGGCGAGCAAGUGGCCUUCUCCGGCGAUGCUGUGAGGCAGGAGAGGAAGGCGGACGGGGGACUCCAAGCCCAGGUUCUCCUGAUAGAGAAGUCCUCAGGAGACAAGCUGGCUGACGGGCCCUCAGCUGCAGGCUACGACGCACUUUCGGGCGUGUUCCUCAAAGCAACGUGCCGACGGCCGGUGAGCGUCAGGAGGCCAGCUGCGUACAGCUCUGAUAUCUUCCAAGGUCCAGAGCGACCUUCAGCACAAGGAGAAGAGGAGCUAUUGACUUUUGGUGCGCAGCACUUCUCUUGCCACGCAGCCAUCUUGCUUUCAGCCGCCAGUUGCUGUGCUCCCCAAAUGCGGCGUAAACGAGGUGUGGGCUCCCGAGCAGUGCCGGGCUGGCUUUGCUUGUCUGCGCUGGUUCUUGCCUGGACGGCCCUGCCCGAGUCCGUGCCGUUGGCCCUGCCCUCUGCUCGUCCGGUGGCCAAAAAAAAAGUGGUUGUCAUCGGUGGAGGCUUUGCUGGGCUGGCUGCCGUCCGGCGGCUUCGCCGGGACUUUGAAGUUACUUUGGUGGAUGCCAAGGAGUUCUUCGAGUUCUCCCCUGGGAUGAUCCGGCCAUACACGCAGCCACAGCUCUACGGGAGGCUGGUGCUGGACUACAGGAGCUUGUGCAACAAGAUGAAGGUGGCUUGGAUUUGGGGAGCCGCGAAGAAGAUCGAUGAGAAGGAGGUGGUGGUCCAGCUCAGCAACACUAGCACGAAGAAUGCUCAGCUGCUGGCGCUGCCAUAUGAUUACUGUAUCAUCUCUGCGGGCUGCCACUACAGCAGCAACCUCUGGUACGCUUCGCUUCUUGGGAAAGAUCGUGAGCGCAGUCUCGAGGGUCGGCGGGAGCGAAUCGACAGCGAGCAUGCGAAACUGUCGGAGCUCGCCGCUCGGGGUGCCCAUGUCGCAGUGAUCGGUGCCGGUUAUGUCGGUGUCGAAUACGCAGCCGAGCUUCGCUACUACUACCCCACGCUUCAGAUAACUCUGGUGGGCGGCAACAGAGGUGUUUGCCCAUCUAUGUGCCCAGGGGCCCGGAAGUAUAUCAAAAACCACCUGGAGAAGAACAACAUUACGACCAUCAGUGGAACGCGCUACUCAGAAGCAAAUUCCACGCUCUUCUGGAAGAAGGUCGGCCGACCGCCACCGGAACGUGUCUUCAAGAGUGUUGGCAUGCAGCCGCACUGCGAGUUCUUGCCUUCGGCAUGCCUGAGUAGCAAGGGCUGGGUCAAAGUGACUCCGACUCUGCAGGUGGUGAGCCGCAGUGGUGACGGCGACCCUCAGGACUCCCUGUUCGCGGCCGGGAAAGUUUUUGCAGUUGGCAAUUGUGCUGACGACGUUCCAGGGAUUCUCCCGCUACCGAAGAACUCUUACCCUGCGGAAGAGAUGGCAGCCCAUGCAGUCAGAAACAUACGCCGUUCGGAGAAGAACAGGCCGCUGAAGCCGUUGCAUUGGGCUUGGCCCUCCAGCGUUUGUGCGACCAGUCUCGGGCCCAAAGAUGGCGUGCUCCUGGUGAAUCAAAAGCUGCCGGGAUCUGGAUUUGUAGCAAUGCGUGGACGGACUGUCGUCUGGCUGAAGGAGAUCAUCCGCUGGAGCAAAGUGGAUGAGUGUCGGAUGGGGCUCUUUGGCACCCUGUGCUCGGUGCGUGCGGCCUCAGAGAAGCAAGCGGAGAUCCUCAUCGUGGACAACUGUCGGCUCGGAGCUGGUUGGAUGGCUGUCGCAAGAGGUCCUUCGAAGGGCCAGCUUUGGCCACUUUGCUGCAAGUGGGACUGGAUUGCGGAGACGCUGGAUGCAAUGGGGCAGAGUGAGGUGUACGACGUGGGCAGCG